AUGCGAUUGACGGUCGAACUUAUUCAAAACUCGCUAUCAUACAUCAACCCGCUGAAAGAUCGUGAGCUAGAUCUCCGAGGGCACAAGAUUCCUGCGAUUGAAAAUUUGGGUAUCGCCAAGGACCAAGAUGCGAUCGAUUUCACAGACAAUAACAUCUCAUCGCUGGGGAAUUUCCCCUUCUUCCCGCGUCUGCGCAUGCUUCUCCUAGCCCGGAAUAGAAUUAAUCAUAUUCACCCGAAGCUGGCCGCUUCAAUCCCGAAUCUGACGACGCUGGUUUUGACGUCGAAUAAUCUGGGGGAGUUGGCAGACUUGGAUCCGUUAGGGGAUCUAUCGAGUUUGACACAUCUGGUAUUGAUGGAGAAUCCAAUUACGAGAAAGGAGCAUUAUCGCCUCUGGGUUAUCUGGAGAAUCCCCAACGUCCGCUUUCUGGAUUACCGAAAAGUCAAGGACGCAGAGCGUGCGCAAGCCAAAGAACUCUUCGGAACCCGAGAAGAACCAACGGCACUUGCAUCCAAGAUUAUGGGCAUCAAGUCCCGCACAUUCGACGUGCCAUCUACAACGCCAGGGCAGCUUGCACCGGCCGACAAGGCUAUACGCGUGAAGCUGACUGACAAGGAAAGGAAGAAGGUCGAAAAGAUGAUUCGAGAAGCCAAGAGUUUGCAGGAGAUUACUAGGUUAGAGAGGGAACUGAACGAGGGGAGGAUACCUGGAGGAGCAUUUGAUGACGAUGAGGACUCAGAGAUGAAGAUGUAG